UUUACUUCCGGGAAGAAGUCACGUGACGGACUACAAGCAACACAGAGAAACCCUUGUGGAGAAAGGCAAGAUGGCGGACUGAGCUGCUGUGACCUAAAAAAAAACAACUUGCGAUAUAACUGCAAAUACGGCAAUCGACACCUCAAAGGUUCGUUUUUUUCUAAAGCCCGCGAAACGGAAGUUGAGUUUGGAGCGAUGGAGUAUUACCUGAAGUGAAGAUUAAAGACACGGUGGACGACUAUGCUAUGCUAUGCUAAGAUGGCGACGUCCGGUAAAAGAGAACAUGAAAGAGAAUCACCAACGGAGAAAAAGACGAAAACUGCAGAUGAAGACAUCCAGCAGCUGAUUUGUCAUCGAGAAGAACUUGCUCCUCAGUGGCAUGCGGGGAGCUUCACUUUGAAGCAGGCGACACCACAGCCACCCUACAUUAAAAAGGAAGAGGAGGAACUCUGGAUCACUCAGGAGGGAGAGUGUCUUCUAGGACCACAGGAGGCUGAUCUCACUGAGUUCCCACUGACCGUUGUCUCUGUGAAGAUUGAAGAAGAUGAAGAGAAACCACAUCUAGACAACCUCUUAGCUCCACUAUCAGAUAGUGAGGUCGAAGACGAGGUUGAAGUACCUUUGAGCAGCGAAACAGACUGCGAAGGUGAUGUGAGGACUCGCACUGACAACAAACGCUCAGAAGGCUCUAAAAAGAACAGAGAGAAAAAACAUUUGAGCUGCUCAAUUUGUGCAAAAAUCUUUACCAGAAAUAGCAAUUUGACGCAACACAUGAGAAUACAUACAGGAGAAAAACCAUUUAAUUGCUCAGCUUGUGCUAAAAACUUUACCAAAAAGUGCUAUUUGACUAAACAUGUACAAAUACACACUGGACAUAAACCGUUUCGUUGUUCAGUCUGUGGUAAAAGCUUUGGUCAAAAGAGUAAUUUGACUGAACACAUUAAAACACAUACCGGAGAAAAACCCUAUAGUUGCUCAGUUUGUGGUAAAAGCUUUUCUCAAAGCACCCACCUGACUGAACACAUGAAUAGACACACAGGCCAAAAAAAAUUUGACUGUAGAUUGUGUGGUAAAAGUUUUUUUUCCAAGCAAAGUUUGACCCAACACAUGAUGACACAUACGGGACAAAAACCUUUUAAUUGUUCAGUUUGUGGUAAACGCUUUUCUCAAAAGUGCCACUUGACUGAACACAUGAAAAGGCACACCGGACAACAAAAAUUUGAUUGUACAGUUUGUGGUAAAACCUUGGUGUCUAGAUUAGGUUUUAUUCAACACACGAUGAAGCACACUGGAGAAAAACCAUUUACUUGUUCCGUUUGUGAUCAAAGAUUCCAUCGUAAUGCAGACGCACUAAAACAUAUAACAACACACACGGGAGAAUAAACAAUCAGCUGUUUAGUUUGUGGUACGUUGUCCAUAUGUGGCGACACCCAGCCAAACUCAGGGCCUCCUCAAAAUAAUUUCACUGCUUCUUACACAAAUAAUCGAGGUCUUCAUACAAAUUGGAAUGAUCUCGAGCAUCAUUUUACACCCUCAUGACCCCAUGUCUUUUGUGUUUCUGAGACUUUACUGAAUUUUACGCAAUAUAAUGCUUGUAGUUCUUGGUUACCCCUUUUUCAGACGAGACGGACCUAAUGGGUGUAGCUGGAGAGAGAUUGUAGUCUUCUUUAGUGAUGUUGUCCUGACCUCCAGGAUGUCUGACUUUGAACACUAAUAACAUGGAUACAUCUACCUUUCAGGUUUGUUUUGAGUCUACAGACCAACAUCAGAUGACUAAGUUUACAAUGUAAUAUUUCAGCAUAUUGACAUAUCCAAGAACUCCAUCCAAAGUCUGAAAUGAUUGUUCUUGGGGAUCUCAAUGGCCAUCAUUAAGACUGACUGGGAAGUACAAAGACUGACGCUCCUGGGGAAUGUAAUGUGCUCAUGAGCUGCCUCUACUUAACAGCCUCCACUAACUAGCAGGGCUGGACAAUUAUGGCAAAAAAUAAUAAUCUCGAUUGAUUUUAAAAUCACAUACCAUAACACCAUUAUUCCAUAAUUUAAAAACAUAAGUAUUUAUUGUACCACCAAAACUCAACUUUAAAUAUAAUUUACAAGAACAAGAGGGCAUAAAUUACCAACAAAUAAACAACGUUAUUAGUUACCACAAUAAAUUCAAAUAUCAAACCAAUAUGAAAAAAUAAAAUUCAAAUUUUCAGACAAAAAACUGUGUAAUUCUGUCUUUAUUUUAUUAGAUUUUUUUAUAUUAGUAUUCUUUUUUUCUUUUUUUUAAAACUUGUUUUACCACCAUAGAGUUUGUGCUUUUAGUGUCAAAAAUAAAAUUUAAUAAAAUGUUUGUCAAUUUAAUAAAAAAAUCCUUACUUUUAUUGGUGCAAUACAUCUUUGACCAUUAUUAUAAGUCAAAGCAUAGUCAUUUAGUAAAUGUAACAGUAAGUACAUAAAGGCUUAUUGGCCACAUGCGUGGACAGCACCUUUUAGCUCUUAUUUCCAAAAUUGUGUACACUACUGAAUUGGGGUCUUAUGGCCGCUUAUGUGGACACUUAUACUGCCAUCUGGUGGUGUCAGAAGAGUAUAACAUACAAUGAAAUUUGGAAAAAAAAAAGUGUAAAAAUAAGAAUUAGCAUGUCACUAAACAUGAAGUACACGUUUGUGUGCUUAUGGACUAAAAUAUGAUUCUUAGUUUUUAUUCUAAUUAGGGUCCAAUAAGCCCAAAUACCAAAGAGAAAUAAAAAAAGCAUGUAAACAAACAGCUUGGGCCUUAAGAGGUUAAGCACAUUAUUUUCUCAAACCUUUAUUUUGUUAGCGCAGUCAGACCGGAUGUUGCACACAGCGCUGUUACUGUGAAGGGGGAAAAUGUUAAGUUAAAGUUAAAGUACCAAUGAUUGUCACACACACACACAUGAGGUGUGGCGAAAUUAUUCUGUGCAUUUGACCCAUCACCCUUGAUCACCCCCUGGGAGGUGAGGGGAGCAGUGAGCAGCAGCGGUGGCCGCGCCCAGGAAUUAUUUUUGGUGAUUUAACCCCCAAUUCAAACCCUUGGUGAUGAGUGCCAAGCAGGGAGGUAAUGGGUCCCAUUUUUAUAGUCUUUGGUAUGACUCGGCCGGGGUUUGAACUCACAACCUACCGAUCUCAGGGCGGACACUCUAAUGCUGUUGUUCUGAGCUUGACAUAUGGAGAUGACUUGAGGCUACAUUUAAAUUUAAAAAAAAAAAAGGAGAGAAAGCCUCUCAAGUUGCGACUGCUGUCCUGUUUGUACAUUGAUCUUACAUCGAUGAUGUCGUUCACAACCACACAAGCAGAUGAGAUGUCUUGUGGGUGUGUGGAUUGUUCUUGCUCGCUUUAGCGUCAUCAUUUUGGUGGCGUUGUUUAGUUCAGGACGUGUUUCGAGGAUUAACUAAACACAUUAUUUACCCAAACAAAUGUUCCUUUUCCUCAUAAUGACAGUGUUACACUUAAAUUUGUUGCAAUUCCCGUGAUAUUCUGUGUUUAACAGCAGACUAUGAUCCCAUCUGCGGUUACGUGAACGCGGAAAUCACAUGGCCUUACUUUUUUGUUGAGUUUAGUGAUAGUUGAUUAGGCAUACUAGCGCUGUGUCAAGAAGUAUCAACGAUGUUAAGAUCCCAAACGUCUCUUUUAUUUACUAAUAUGCUCACUCAUCUGUUCCACAGUCACAAGCUCAGGAAUUUCCGUCCAUGUUACGCAGUCUAUUAAUCGUUUUCUCCCAUGCUUAUAUUGUUAUAAAGUACCGUAUUUUUCGGACUAUAAGUCGCAGUUUUUUUCAUAGUUUGGCCGGGGUUGCGACUUAUACUCAGGAGCGACUUAUGUGUGAAAUUAUUAACACAUUAGCGUAAAAUAUCAAAUAAUAUUAUUUAGCUCAUUCACGUAAGAGACUAGACGUAUAAGAUUUCAUGGGAUUUAGCGAUUAGGAGUGACAGAUGGUUUGGUAAACGUAUAGCAUGUUCUAUAUGUUAUAGUUAUUUGAAUGACUCUUACCAUAAUAUGUUACGUUAACAUACCAGGCACGUUCUCAGUUGGUUAUUUAUGCCUCAUAUAACGUACACUUAUUCAGCCUGUUCACUAUUCUUUAUUUAUUUUAAAUUGCCUUUCAAAUGUCUAUUCUUGGUGUUGGCUUUUAUCAAAUACAUUUACCCAAAAAAUGCGACUUAUACUCCAGUGCGACUUAUAUAUGUUUUUUUCCUUCUUUAUUGUGCAUUUUCGGCCGGUGCGAUUUAUACUCCGGAGCGAUUUAUACGGUACCAUAAGAUCCCGAAAUGCAAAUCGAGAUUAAAAUCAGAUUAAUUGUCCAGCCCUACCAACUAAUUGAUGGUCUUACAAGGAUUGGGGAGGAUGGAAAUUGCUCCAAACUGGAUCUCUUCUUUACUACUUCACCAGACAAUCAUGUUGUCACUCUCAGUGCUCCUCUUGGCUCUGACCACUGUGUCGCAUCUACUGUGGCUAACUAUCUUUCAGCAAUAAACAACUCUGGCAAGCGUACAGUUUGGAACAAUGGCAAAUCAGAUUGUGAUGGAAUGUGUUCACACUUGGCAGAUAUUAAGCAGAACUCUCUCAAAAGAACAAGGAGCCAAUACAGCAUGGGCCUACAGUAUAUUAGUGACGGCAUUAAGGAUGCCAUGGACCUCUUCAUUCUCUCUAAAACAAGUACAGGUACUCUGGCAAACCCUGGUUUAAUGACAAGAAUCUGAAGUGGAUUGGAUCGUGAGUUUUUGCAGUUUCACAUCCUUAGUUUUUGUUUGUUUUAUCCUUUUUUCCCUUUAUUAUGAACUAUCUUACAAACUCUGAAAUAACUUUUACCAAAAAUCCCUAUUGGAACCAUUCCCACUGGCAAGAACAGUGCAUGCAAGCGACAUUUUCACUCACCUUUAAUUUGACUUCUUGCUAGGAAUAGGCUUGUUUGCCCAAAAUCUGCUCGAGUCCUCAAGCCUUUACUGAAAUCUUUAAACCAAGGUUUAUUGGAAAAAUUAAAAAAAGAUACAUGAAUAAAAAGCCACAAUGUCAUUCAUUCCCUUUGCUGAAGAAACAAAACAUUGUUCUGGCUCCUGAAGAGCCAUAUUUUUGUUUUUUAGUGUUGAAUAUGUUUAUCUUAAUUCAUUUUAAGGAAUUAUUUUGGUUUAUGUGAUGUCCCGUUGUAUAGUAUGUAGACACGUAUGGUUCUUCAUACUUAUCUUUACUGUAUAGUGGCUGUAUUUUAAUAUUAUUGCUUGAUUGUUUGAAUAGUAAUGACACUCUGGCAACUACUGAACAUAUUUUUUCCUAUGACCACAUUUCAAAACAUUCGUAGAAUAUAUUUCUUAUUUUUUCAGAUCAGAUCAGGGUAUGUUGUGCUUUUGGCAAUCAAAAUCAAUUGUGAUUGAUUUUUAUGAUUACAUUGUUGACGUUUUAAAAGUUGAUGUUG